CAACCAAUUUUGUGCUCUAUGAAUGUUUUCCUAUUUUGUGUGUUAUUUACCUAAAAAAAACCAUCGAAUUGUGAUUGAAAUCAAAGAGUUUGUGUUACAUCGCAUAAUAGUCAUUAGUUAUUCGUCGAAAUUGGUAAUAAAUAUCAACAAAAUACGAAGUGCAAACUGUGUGCUGCCGUGUGCAAUCGAUCCGCUAGAUAGACAGACAGAGAGGAAGAGACAGGGACGACAGAUUUGUGUAUUUGGUGACGAUGAGUGGAAAUUGGCAACAGGCUAUAGACAAAUAUUGUUUCAACAUCCAAUAUGAAGCGGAAGCAACGUUACGAUUUGUGGACAAUGCAUUUGGAUGCAGCGGAAUGUCAUUUGACGAGAAUUUCAAGGAAUACUUCUUUCAAGCAUCGAAUGAACGGAUCGCCAAAGCGUAUGAACUUUUCCUCAAUAAAGCCAAAUUGGAAAGGAAAUUCAUUGGAGUUCGCGACCGAAAUGCUCCGACAAAUCACAAUUUGGACACCAACAAGACGACCACCGAUGCAAGCGGUGAGAUUAUGAUCAAUGGAUCGUAUAGUUGUCAUCGGCCAGAGCUUGGCACGGCUCAAUCCACUUACAAAAUUGCACAAGGCAAUGGACGAGGAGAUGAGAGUGCUAUUUGUGUGACAAUCAUCAUAUCGAAUCAGCCGGCGAUCGAUCCAAGGACAAACCAAGAGGCCAAUGUACUCGUUAAUCGCAUGGAAUCGGAUGGGACCAUGAAUGAGGCAGAAUCAAUGCCAACCAAAACCAACGGAACUGACGAGAGUGAAGACAAGACUGUAAAUGACUCAUCGAACAAAGGAACAACAAACAACUCAAUGACAGCAGUGGCACGUGAAGAGAUAAAUGAAGUCACCGAUCGUCUAGAUGUGAAUAAUGCCAUGGAUGAGCCACAGUUAUUGCCAAGUGGUGCGACAGAAAUUGAUCACGACGAAGACAACAUUGGAAAUGGCAAAAUCAGCGAUAAAACAACGAAUGGAAUGAUCGAAACAAAAGAAGCAAGUCGAGCGACGAGUGAAUUUGAUGAAAUCAAAGAAAUUGAUGCUCCAGAAGUCGAAGCAAUUCAUAUUAAUAUAGAGAACGAUUCGAUUGUUGACGAUUUGAUUCAUGAAACUGCUGUAGCAUCUCUGGAAAACAUUGGCAAUCAAAUCAACCGAAAUUACGCACAAAAAAGAACAACGAAUCAACGGCGAAAGAGAAAAAUUGCAGAAGCAUCGACAUCGAAUGGUAAUUCAAAGAAGAAACGGAAGGUUGCAACACGUUCGACACUGAAAACCAUUCCAGAAUUGAUUUCAGAAUCGCCAUUGGUUGAUCUGACAUUCGAUGAAGCAGAGAGGUCUCAACAGUCAAACAACGUGAAUACUCAAUCGAGUGAACAAAGUGAAACCAAUUCAAAUGGUGCUGAUCAACAGAAUGAAUCGACAUCGAGAGGGAAAUCCAAAACAAAAUGUGAGUUUUGUAAUUAUGUAUCAUGGCCGUCACAUCUGAUAAUACACAGACGCAUCCACACUGGCGAGAAACCAUUCGAAUGCAACAUUUGUGCGAAAAGAUUUACUACAAAGCAGAGUCUGAACAAGCACAUGAGAACUCACGCAAAACAAUUCCCAUUCCAUUGCUCGAUUUGUCGACAAGGAUUCACAGCGAAACGGACAAAGGAGUCGCACGAGAAAAGCUGCAAUCCACGUCGAUAUGAAUGUUAUAUAUGCAAAUAUCAUAAUUUAUACAAAACACACUAAGUCCGACAUAUG